AUGAUAGGUUUGGUAAUUGGAUUUUCCGUGACCCCGCCCUCCCUCGACAUCCCCAAAGAGGACCUUGUGAUCCCAGUUUAUGAAACACUCAGGAUAACAUGCAGAGGACAGCAUACCCUUGCGUGGACAUGGCCCGAUCAGACACUGCUGGCCCAAGAGUUAAACAUGCGACAGAUGUCUCAGCUUCCCUCCAGCGCCCCGCAGAGGUUGAGGAGGGUAGUGGUCAGCGAAUGCGAGGGUCAACCCGGACGUCCCUACUGCAAGAGACUAGUGCUGAGAGGUGCCAUGGCCAAAGACACCGGUUACUACUGCUGCUACUACACCAGCACCAAAGCCAUCAUUGACGGGACCACCGCUGUCAGUGUGUAUGCCUUUAUCAGGGACCUGGAGCAGCCGUUCCUCCUGAGGGCUGGUCAAAAUUCCAACCUGGAAACCUUAUUCAUCACCCACUCGUCCACUCACGUCACUGUGCCAUGUCUGGUCUCGGUCCCUGAUCUCAAUGUGACUCUGCAUGCGUAUCCCUCCCCACUGGAUAGAUCUGACAUAAAGUGGAACAACAAAGUUGGCUGGAUUGUUCCCAGACAUGCGGUGGACAACCCGAUGGUGCUCGGAGUCACGUGUGUAGCUACGCUGAAUGGCAAAGAUUACCACUCGGCCAACUACCUCUUUCAUACUGCUGGAAGCCGGAUUUACGAUGUCAAGCUGUUUCCUGAGGAUCCCAUGGAGCUGAUGGUGGGGGAGACGCUCACCCUGAACUGCACGGCCAUGGUCGAAUUCAACGCUGGGGUGAACAUCAAGUGGGCUUACCCGGGUGCAGAGUGGAGCAGUGUGAACAUCCAGCCGUACAGAGAAGCCCUGUCCCGCGCCACAGAGGCGGCCAGCAUCCUGACCAUCUCCAGUGUGAACGUGAGCAACACAGGGGCCUACGUCUGCAACGUCACCAGCAUGGAGACCACUGAGACACGGCUCAAGCAUGUCACAGUGCACGAAAAACCAUUUAUCAUGUUGGGCUAUAGAAAUGGCUCUGAUAUUGAGGUAACUGCUGGCCGGAAGUCUGUAAACAUUAUUGCCAAUGUUUCUGCGUUCCCCACCCCAGAAACAAAGUGGUAUAAACAUGGAAAGCUGAUAAACCUGCGUCCAGAGUUCAAGAUGAAGAGGAUAAGGAUGCAUCCGAGACACAUGUUGGAGAUCAGAGAUGUGUGUCGUGAAGAUGCUGGGGUUUACACUCUGGUGCUGAGGAACAGUGCAGCCGGACUGGAGCAAAGACUCAACAUUACCCUCAUUGUAAAUGUUGUCCCUCAGAUCCAUGAGAAGGAGGUGGCAGAGGCAUCCAGCCCAUACCCCCGCGGCAGUAGCCACAUGCUCACUUGCACGGCCUUUGGGAUCCCGGCCCCAGCCGUGAGCUGGCAGUGGAGGCACUGGGGCUCCUGUGUCCUGAACAGCUCCAGCACAAUGGGCCAGGCAGACUGUCAGAACUGGCUGGACGUUAAGCCCGAAAGCACUGGGAACCACAUAGAGGCCAUCGGAACAUCCACGGAAAUUGUUGAUGGCAGACAGAAGAUUGUCAGCAGACUUCAUAUUCAAAACGCAACCAUGUCCGUCAUGUACAAGUGCACCGCAGAGAAUAAAGUGGGCAAGGACGAGCGACUCAUCUACUUCUAUGUGACCACCGUCCCUGAAGGCUUCAGCAUGAGCCUAGUGCCCUCUGAGAGUCCACAAGAGCAGGAGAGUGUAUCCCUCUACUGCCGUGCCGACAACUACACCUAUGAGCGACUGCAGUGGUACCGCCUGCGCCCCCCUGGCCUCCCGCAGGACCUGGACUGCCGGAGCGUGCACCUCUACGCCGACCCGCUCCAUGGGCAGCUCUCCUUCAAGGCACAAUCCAACAGCUGGGUCCUGGACCACACCAUCGCCUCCAUCCAGCUGCGGGACGAGGGUCACUAUGUGUGCGAGGCUCACAGUCGGCGGAGCGGAGACAAGCAGUGUCUGUUUCGAUACAUCUCUGUAAAAGCUCUAGAGGCGCCUCAGUACAAACACAGCCUCACCAACCAGACGGUGAACGUGACCGAGUCUCUGAAAAUGCAGUGUGACGUGGAGGGCAGACCGUCGCCGCUCCUCUACUGGUUUAAAGACAAUCAGCCUCUUCAGGAAAUGUCAGGCAUCCAGCUGCAGGAUUCAAACAGUACGUUGAGUAUUCAGCGCGUGCGAGAGGAGGACGCCGGCGUGUACACCUGCAUGGCCUGUAACCAGAGAGGCUGUGUCCACUCGUCAGCUGCUGUGCGAGUGGUUGGGUCAACAGACAAGGCCAAUGUGGAAAUUGUAAUUCUGAUCGGAACGGGGGUCAUUGCCGUGUUCUUCUGGGCGUUGCUGAUUCUCAUCUUCUGCAAUGUGAAGAGGGUGAACCCGGCCGACAUAAAGACCGGCUACCUGUCAAUCAUCAUGGACCCCGGGGAGGUGCCACUCGACGAGCAGUGCGAAUACCUGCCCUAUGAUUCAUCACAGUGGGAGGUCUCCAGGGACCGGCUCCGACUCGGGAAGGUUCUUGGCCAUGGUGCAUUUGGAAAAGUAAUGGAAGCCUCAAUCCACGGCAUCAGCAAGAGCAACAGUUUGAAGACAGUGGCUGUGAAAAUGCUGAAGGACGGAGCUACAGCCAGCGAGCACAAAGCAUUGAUGUCGGAGCUGAAGAUUCUUAUUCACAUUGGAAACCACCUGAAUGUUGUGAACCUCAUCGGAGCUUGUACAAAACCCAAUGGUCCACUCAUGGUCAUCGUGGAGUAUUGCAAAUAUGGGAAUCUGUCCAACUUCCUCCGAGCCAAGCGGGAGUUCUUCCUCCCUUACAGGGACCGCUCUCCCAAAACUCAGAACCAGGUCAGAAGAAUGAUUGAAGCAGGAAGACUGGAGCAAAGAGAGGAGCAUCCGUCUCCAAACUCAACCGCCUCUGAGUGUCUGCCCAAAGAAAAAAUGGAGGAGUUGUGGAAGACCCCUCUCACUAUUGAAGACCUCAUAUGCUACAGUUUCCAGGUGGCUCGGGGAAUGGAGUUCCUCGCCUCAAGAAAGUGUAUCCACAGGGACUUGGCAGCACGCAACAUUCUCCUGUCAGAGAGCAACAUUGUGAAGAUCUGUGACUUUGGUCUGGCCAGAGACAUAUACAAGGACCCGGACUAUGUGAGGAAAGGCAACGCUCGUCUGCCUUUAAAGUGGAUGGCUCCAGAGAGCAUCUUUGACAAAGUAUACACCAGUCAGAGCGAUGUGUGGUCCUUUGGAGUCCUCCUGUGGGAAAUCUUUUCACUGGGGGCCUCUCCGUACCCCGGGGUGCAGAUUGAUGAAGACUUCUGUAAGCGCUUAAAAGACGGCGUCAGGAUGAGAGCGCCAGAGACGGCCUCCCCAGAAAUCUACGGGAUCAUGCUGGCCUGCUGGCACGGGGAACCUAAAGAGAGACCACCGUUCCCCACUCUGGUUCAGAUUUUGGGCGACCUACUUCAGGACAAUGAUUCCAAAGACUUGAACCAGUCCCAGAGCUCAGAGGAUGAUGGUUUUUCACAGGCUUCGUCUCGGCCUCCGUCUGAAGAAGAGCUGAGACUCACGGCUCAGAAUCUGGCCACGAGGUAUUAUAACUUCAUGCCCUUUGCUGGCUGUGUGCUUGUGGGAGCGACCAAACCAAACCAUCCCAGGGUCAGGACAUUUGAAGAGUCUCACAAAGGCCCUCAUGACAACCAGACAGACAGCGGCAUGGUCCUCUCCUCAGAGGAAUUUGAAAGCAUCGAGAACAGACAGAGGGGGGCGAAAAGCCGCAUGGGCAGCAGCAGCAGCACAGAGCCCCUCACUGGUCCCCAUGGUUCCAGGGACUGGAGCAGUGGUCCCUUAAGACCUCGUCCAAACUUCUUCAGCCAAAUGUCGGGUCAGACCUUCUACAACAACGAGUACGGCCAUUUGUCUGAGGAGGGCUUCUGCGACUUCUUCUCUUCACCGGAGUCCCUGUGCCUCGCCUCCUCUAACGUGUGA